UACCAUCAAAUGAUAAUAUAAUUAUAUCAAAAAAUGUUUAUUUAGAUGCAAUUGAUGAAUAUCCACCACCAUUUGAAACUGAAUCUGAUGAAUUAGUUAUAUUUAUACAUGGUGAUACAAUUAUAUUACCAGCUGAUCGUUGGUUAUUUUAUAAAAAAAAAUAUCGUAAUGCUCAAUGGAUAAAACAACUUGAACGUAUUAAUCGACGUAUACCAACAAAUUUAAUGCCUAUUAUUGAGGAUUGGCUUUCUGAACAUACAACAUUUUUAAUUGAUAGAAAUGAAAUGAAUAUUGAUGGUUUAAAUAUACCAUUAACAGGUAAAUUAGGUUUACAUAUAAUUAAUUUACAUCAAAUAUAUCAAUUACAAACAAAUGAUAGUAAUUAUUGGAAUGAAAUAUUAAAAUAUUUAAUUCGUACAGGUUAUAUAUCAUUUGAUAUUAAUAGACAACUUAUACAUAUAGGACAUAGUGAACUUGAUGUUGGACGUGUAUUAAGAUCUGAAUUAUCUCCAUCACCUGAAUUAAUUGAACGUUUAGCUCAACUUCUUCGUUCAUUAGAUAAUAUACAUUUUGAUAAUAAUAAUAAUACAUUACUAAUAGGUGAAAAUUUUAUUAUACCAAAUGAAUAUGUUCAUGAACUUUUCCAAGAAAAUCAAUCUGGAGAAAUCUUAAAUGCUAAUCAAUUAGCUAAUCUACUUUUACAUAUAUGUGAUCGUGAAGAAGAUCAAGAUGGUCAAACAAUAAUAUUAAGAUUAAAUGGACAAACUUUACGAUUAACACCUUCUUCAAUUAUUCAAGAACAAGAACAAGAAGAAGAAGAAGAAGAAGAACAAAAUGAUGAUGAAAAUGAUGAUAUUCUUUUUCAAUGGUUAUCAGAUAAUCUUCAUUGGUCAAGUGAACAAGGACAAAUAUUUUUCUUACGUUAUCGUACAAUGCCUAAUUAUUUAAUACGUAUAACAGGACAAGAUGGUAUACGUUUAUCGAAUUUAUUAUAUCAUCAAACUUUACAAAUUAAUGAUCUAUUAGAUUGGCAUAAAAAACAUGUACAAAUAGAUCAUAUUGAAAAUUCUUUACGUAUGAUAAUAAAACCAAAUAAAAAUAUCGAGAUUGAUCAUUUACUUUUGGGCGAGAAUGAAAAAAAACGAGAAAAAAUAAAAUCUACCAAUCAAAAAAAUAGAAAUACAUUCGAAGAUGAAGAAAAAAAAGAAAAACCUUUAGUCGUUUUUAUUCCUUUUCAUCAGCAAACUCAAAACGACAACGAACA